AUGAAAUCAAUACUGAGUAUUUUGCUAACAGCAUUCGUGGCGAUAUCUUUACGAACAACUGGCAAUAGGCCAAAACACCCUGAUGAUGAUGAUGACGGCAAAUGUGAACUAAUAGGCACAUUUUCACUUAUAACACAAGCGUUUUUGGGGGUACUUUGUUUAUCUUCGUUAAUAGUUAAACGAUUUUAUGAGUAUCCGUUAAGAAGAACGUGGCCAGUGUGGUUUUUUGAUGUGAUGAAGCAACUAAUUGGUGCAUUUGGGGUUCAUGUAUUCAAUGUGUUUUUGUCGAUAUUGAAAUCCAAGAAAGAACCAAGCGUGAAGUGUGCUAGAAAUAAGGAUGAGGACGAUACUGGUGAUAUUGAUCCAUGUGAUUGGUAUUUCUUAAAUAUAGUGUUCGAUUGUACCAUAGGUGUUUUGGUCUUAUACUUUGUAUUUAAUGCUAUUAACAGGUUUUGUCGAAAUUGGCUUAAGCUUACGCAGAUUGAAUCAGGCCAAUAUGGACCAAAUCCGGAGAAGCCAUCGAUUAGAGCAUUUUUAAAGCAAUUAGCUGUGUAUUUUGGAUCGCUUAUGAUCACCAAGAUUUUUUUAUACGGAAUAGUCGAAUGCUUUGAAACUGAAUUAUUAUGGAUAACUAGUCACAUACUAUUGGUCUGGUUAGAUGAAUAUCCCGACGAAUUUGAGAUAUUUGUCGUCAUGUUCGUUGUACCGGUAGUGAUGAAUUGCCUACAAUUAGUGUUGGUUGAUAAUAUCAUUCAAAACCAGAUUAUCGGGAAGGUGAAUGGACGAAUGCACCAUGAAUAUGCGGGUCAAUCAGAAGCAGACGAAGGUCAUAUCCGAGAUGAAAUCGAAGAGUUCACAAGACACGGCGACCCUGGACACAAGCGAAGCCGAAGGCACCAUUCCCUUCCCAACGGCGAAGGAAUUAAAACGUACGGUACAUUUAAUGACGUCUGA